AUGGUGAGCUCCAAAUGGCAGGGAUCUGUAGAAACGAAGAUCAGGGCUCCGCUGGAGGGAGUGUGGAAUAUAACAAGCGAGUAUUACGAGAUGCACAAGUGGUUUCCAGGCAUGAAAUUGUGCGAAAGAGUGGAAGGAGCGCCUGAACAGGGCGUGGGCUCUGUGCGCCGCUGUAUAACAAGCUUGCCAUCCGAAGAGGAGAGCACCGAUUCUUUCGGCCUAGAAGAGCUCAUCGCUAAGGACGAUAGUAACCAUUCAUUUACAUAUCACAUUACAGACAGCAACUUGCCGGGUUUUAUUGGGUACGAGGGUACUUUUGAAUUCUGGGAAGCGAAGGAAGAGGGCAACUGUUUGAUGAAAUGGUCUUUCCAGAUGAACCCCAUUGCCGGCCGUAGCAAAGAGGAUAUUGAGGCCCUUAGGAGAUCCAUUCUCACUGGCAUAGUCAAGAAUCUGGAACAGCUCACUUCUUCAUAG